GCUGCUUGUGGUCACGUCACUAGCAAAACUAUUUUCUGAACAAACAUCUGAUCAGAAGAGCAAGGACACAGAUCCGGUGUGUAUGCAAGAGUGACAGUGUGUGUGACGUACUGCACAUCACUAUCUGGUAAAGGGACAAGCGUGAGACAAACAGGCAAAAUGGAGCAAAGCAUGAAGGUUCUGCUUUGGGUUCUUUUGUCCAGUAGCAUGUUUAUUCUCACAGGAGGUUCUGAGACAGAGCGGAGAUUGUUGCAGGAUCUAUUUGAAGAUUAUAACUUGAAGGUGCGUCCAGCUCGAGCCUGGAAUGAGACCGUGAUGGUCAGAGUCGGGAUGACGUUGGUGCAGCUGAUUAGUCUGGAUGAGAAGAAUGGAGAGAUGGCAACCAAUGUAUUCAUGAACAUGGCGUGGUCUGACUACAGGUUGUCCUGGAAUCCAAAGGACUACGACAAUAUUGAUGUUAUCAGAUUACCGCCAACCAAAGUAUGGCGUCCAGACAUUUACCUAAUCAACAAUAACGAUGGGCAGUUUGACGUGGCUCUUUAUGUGAAUGUGCUGGUUAAUAGCAAUGGCACGGUUUCCUGGCUGCCUCCAGCUAUAUAUCGCAGCUCCUGCUCCAUUGAGGUGGCCUAUUUCCCAUUCGACUGGCAGAAUUGCACGAUGGUGUUUCGCUCAUAUACGUAUGACGCCUCAGAGGUCGACCUGCAGUACGGCCUGGAUGAGAAUGGAAAAGAGAUUCAUGAGAUAGUCAUAGAUGAAAAUGCUUUUACUGAGAAUGGAGAGUGGCAGAUCUGCCAUAAACCCAGCAGGAAGAACAUCCAGGAGGACCUCUAUGAAGACAUCACCUUCUACCUGAUUAUCAAGAGGAAACCACUCUUUUACAUCAUCAACAUCAUUGUGCCCUGCAUCCUUACUAGUGUGCUGGCUAUAUUUGUGUUCUAUCUGCCACCAGGGGCAGGAGAGAAAAUGACUCUGUCCAUCUCUGUUCUUAUUGCCCUCACUGUCUUCAUGCUCCUGCUGGCUGAUAGAGUCCCUGAGACAUCUCUGGGAAUCCCAAUUAUUGUGAAUUAUGUGAUGUUUACAAUGAUCCUAGUGACCUUCUCAGUCAUCCUCAGUGUUGUGGUGUUAAACCUGCACCACAGAACCCCCAGCACACAUUAUAUGCCCAACUGGGUGCGCAAGGUGUUCAUCAACUUCCUGCCUCCUUACCUGGGUGUGCUCAGACCUCGCCCAGAGGAACCUGUACAGAAGGAGGAGCCUAAACAGGACCCUCCCAUACCCCAUUUUGAUCACAACUUCAGGCCCGGAGGAGAAUAUUUCAUCCGCAAGAUUAAUCCUGAACUGAUCACACCUUGGAGGGGAAGUCACUCUGACAACACGGUGCAGCUCCAGAGGCUUUUUGACAGUGACAGCUUCUGUCUGAUCCUGCCUCCUGAUCUUAAAUCCGCCAUCGCUGCUAUCACAUACAUGUCUGACCAGCUAAAAAAACAAGAUUUGGAUGAUACUAUGACUGAUGACUGGCAGUACAUCGCCAUGGUUGUAGACCGCCUCUUCCUCUGGCUUUUCAUUAUUAUCACCACCCUAGGUACCCUUGCCAUGUUUUUGGAUGCCAGCUUCAAUCACACACCUGCGGACCCUUUCCCAUGAGUGUAUCCCACACACACCAGAUCAACCUGAAUAAAAGCACACGCUCACAGACUCACAGACACA